ACCACCCCUGCUCCAGUCGCGGGCCUGGGACCUCGGGCUCCUCACGUGCAGGGAUCCGUCCGGGCAGCCCCAGUGACGAGGGUGGGAUCCGCCGCCCCUUCGCGAACCCCGAGCGAGAAUGGGCGCCAGGCAGGCAGAGAGUAUGUUAUUCCAUCCUUGGCCCACAGAUUUAUGGCAGAAAUGGUGGAUUUCUUUAUUCUCUUCUUUAUAAAAGCAACCAUUGUCUUAAGCAUUAUGCAUCUCAGUGGAAUAAAGGAUAUCUCUAAGUUUGCUAUGCAUUAUAUAAUAGAAGAAAUAGAUGAAGACACAUCAAUGGAAGACUUGCAGAAAAUGAUGGUUGUGGCUCUUAUAUACAGAUUAUUAGUUUGUUUCUAUGAGAUAAUUUGCAUUUGGGGAGCAGGUGGAGCUACCCCAGGGAAGUUCCUGCUGGGGCUUCGAGUUGUGACAUGUGAUACAUCAGUGCUUAUUGCACCGAGUCGGGUUUUAGUGAUUCCUUCCUCAAAUGUUAGCAUCACAACGUCCACUAUACGAGCUUUGAUCAAGAAUUUUUCUAUUGCUUCUUUUUUCCCUGCUUUCAUCACGCUGCUGUUUUUUCAGCAUAAUCGAACAGCCUAUGACAUUGUAGCAGGAACUAUUGUGGUAAAAAGAAAUGGGGUCAGAUGAUGCCUCAAAAAGCCCUGAAUUCCAUACUCUCUGGAAUAAUGAUGAGACUAAAUUAUGUAUCAAGGCCAUCAGUAUCCCUGGGUUACGUUAAUUGAUGAUUUAGAAAUUAAAGCAGUCACUCCAGUGUGAUGCAGGUGACUAUUCUGAAAGUAUUGAUUUUACUUGAAUGCCAAAGAACUUUGCCAGAAGAAAACCUGUUAAAUUCAAGUGUUAAAAUUUUAGAUUGAAAAGAAGGCAAGUGGUCUUAUAAUCAACAAUGGACAAUAUAUGCUAAGAUCUAAGGCAUUAGAAUUUGCUGAAAGCAUUUUCAGCUUUGAAAUCUCCAAAUGAAACUUAAUUUUGGUUUAUCCCAAAAUGAUGGAAAACAUCCAGUUGUGUUUUGUAAACACAUUACUCAUCUUUCAGUUAACACUUCUUGGGGAAAUUGUUCUUUGCUUUUUGCUGAGAGGGAGUGGGGAUACAACUCUAAUCCACUUAUCUCCCAGCCCAGGAGGCAUAUGUUAGAGGCAAGAGAAAGGGGCAAGUGAGACAGGCCUAGCACUUCCCUUACCUGAAGUUUUAAAAUCUGUACUGCAGUUUACUGUAGGAAUGAUGUAACUUUACAACUAUUCUUAAUGCAUAAACAUGUAUUUGGGGGCAAGUUUGCAUGAUGAUGAAAAAGUAUUGUCAUUGCUAUAUUAAUAUUUAUUAAAGAAAAGGUAAGUUAGUUAUUGCUUUUAAUAGGGGGGGAGAGUAAAUUUUCACUGUAAAUUUAACUAAAAAUUCAUGUGCAAGUAUUUUCAGUGCCCUAAAUCAAUAUAAGUAUGUGGGGAAAAAUUCCAUCAAACUGUUGCAUAUUUACUGUAAAACAUUAUUCCCAGUAUGUGUGCAGCAUGAAGAAAGUAUUAGUGCUUUUCAGUAUUCUGAGUAUUAACUUCUAUUUAUACGCAAGAUAUUCACAUUAGUCUUUUUAUAUUUUAUAUAGUUCCAUAACAUUUGAAACAUCAAGGAGUUAAAUCUUAGUAUUUCAUGAUUAAAUACUGGUAGCCUGUGAAAUAUUAGCAAUUUUCCCAUUAUGGACUGUUCUAAAACAAGGAAGAGUAGCAUUUCCAGACAUUAUUCUAAGGUCUUUGGAUCUAUGGGCCAAAAGCUUUUAUUUUGGGCUUGCCAUGGAUGAUGUUUUGAGGAAAAUGUUAAGCAAAGGAAUACUUUGUGUACUGCCAUUUUAAUUUAUUUUAUUGAAGCAGAGUUGUGGAGUUUCAAGUGUGUGAGCAUGCUUUUGUUAGAUGGCCCAAUUAGCUGUAUUGAGAUAUACCUGAACUAAGUUUUGUUUCUUAUGCAUUUUCUCCAACUCUGAUAUUAUCGCCGCCCCCCCCCCCAAAAAAAACAAAAAAACACUAAAUUGUGUUGGACAGUUUCAAGGAUCAAUCUAGGCUUUAGUUUUGGUUUUAUUAGCAAAUGCAAGACAUUUAUUACCAUUAUCAAUUUUUAAAGUGAUUUUUUUGAUAUUUAAAACUGAAAAUGUUCACAUUUGAUAGUUAUAGAAACCUUAACGGUGUCCUUAUUAAUACCUUUUUAUUGUAAAACUUCAUAAACCAUGUUUUCCAAAAUAAUUUAUUAAAUUCAACAUUACAGAAAGCCUAUCAGUUAAAGUGUGUCAAAGUAUUAUUAAACAGAUCAUUCACUUGUAGCCUCUGGAGUUAAGUGUCAUGGCCCUUCACAGUAAGUAAAAAUAAAUAAAACUAAAGUUUUAUUAGACUAGAAAUUAGGAAAUGUCACAUAAGUUUACCAUUUAUACAUUAGCAUUACCUGUAUACACUAUUUUUUUCAGUGAUUGGGAAUUCAAGUUGAAAUGUCCUUCAGUCAUGUAACUCUGGAAUUUAUCUUGAAUGUAUUAUUUCCCCUCAGAUAAUUGAUUGGUUUACCAUCUAGGCUAUUUAUUUUUAUAGUAAAACAAAAGCAAAUAAGUAGUACAGUUUGUUAUACUUAAAAUACUGCACAUUUUCUACAUAUGUCAUUCAGAUUAUUAUCUGUAUAGGCUCAUUUUGAUCCAUCUCAGGAUUCAAGUUAUACUACAUAGCCCUAUAAAAUAAACAUAAGUAUUAUUAUUUCGUCUGCUUUUAAAACAAAAAAGUCCAAGUCUUUCUAUUUAUGAAUUCAGCACCAGGAAGAGAUUUUGAUUCCCACAUCAUUGGAAGAAAGAAAAAAAUGACAUAACAGUGGAAAGCCAUAUUUUUUCUCUUGGGUCGUAAAGAAUGGAGAAUCCCUCUUUUCAAAAACACUUUUCUAUUUAAUAUGUCAUUUAUAGAAAUGCUGAAGCUCUAGCUUAAAAAGGCAAAAAGAAACUUGUCUUCAUAGUACAAACAUUAUUCAUCACUUUUACAACAUAAUAAGGUAACAAAAAUUAGGAGUUGGACUAAGAAUACUAUUUCAAUGAAUGUGCCUAAAUAAAACCACAGAACAAGCAGCUAACUUAGGCAUCUAGAAAAUUUCGGUACCCAUUACUAAAGGUAGCCCAAGUGGCUAGUGCACCUUGACAAAGUCUUAUAUUAAUAUUCAUGCUGGGCCUAGGGUAGGUAAGUGAAUGAUGGCAAGCCUUACUUUUAGACAAAUCUGACUACAGAUAUUAAGCCACUACUUCUUUGGAUAGCAAGCCUUUACAGUAUUGCCCAACUGAUACUUGUGUUGGACUGGUUCAGAAGUUACUUUCCUACAUAUUUACCUUCCAAUUUUACUCAAAUAUUUAGGAUUGAAAAGAACAUAUUUGAGGGCCACUUUGUCUAAAUUAUAAAAGUGAGUCUUCACUGUUUUGUUUCAAAUGGUGGUAAAAAUUUUGACUGAAAGAUUUGUACCCUUAAAUAACUUACACAUAAGUAUAUCCAGUAUACUAGAAAGGAGUUAAAAAUUUAUUUUCUACUUGGGAAUAAAGGUUUGAGGGGAAUAGGGACACUAAGUAUGUUCAUUCUACCCUUAUCCCUAUUAAAAACAGACUAUUGUUUCUUUUGAAGGAUAUUUCUAAAUAAUAGUAUUCCUAAAAUCAGACAAGUAUUUCAAUUACUUGCCAUUCCCCACCCCCAUUUUACAAUAUGUACUUACCUGGAUGAAGUGCAUUUCAGACUCUGUAUUUCCUUGCAGUUCAUUAUAGUAGGGCUUGACCCACAAACAGUAUCUGAUGGCCUGCCUUUAAAUAAAUUCAGCAUUCUAUUUUUAAUAAUUUGUAUGCCACCAGUUUGUAUUGUCUCAAUAAAUACUUGGUCACCAAUGAA